AUGUCAAUUACCUCAGUCAAGACCACUGCAUUCCAGGAUCAAAAGCCUGGAACUUCAGGCCUUAGAAAGAAAGUCACAGUCUUCAAAACUGAACAUUACACAGAAAACUUCAUUCAAGCAAUUUUAGAAGCAAUUCCAGAAGGUGUGAAAGAUUCGACAUUGGUUAUUGGAGGUGACGGUAGAUACUACAAUGAUAAAGUGAUCCAAUUGAUCGCCAAGAUCUCAGCUGGUAAUGGUGUCAAGAAAUUAAUUAUCGGGCAAAAUGGGAUUCUUCUGACCCCUGCUACGUCUCAUGUAAUUAGAAAGUUGGGAGCAACUGGAGGAAUAAUUUUGACUGCUAGUCAUAAUCCUGGUGGACCCACCAAUGAUUUGGGGAUCAAGUAUAAUCUUGCCAAUGGUGGACCAGCUCCAGAAUCAGUAACAAACAAGAUUUAUGAUAUUUCUACAAAAUUAACUGAAUACAAAUUGGUUCAAGAUUUACCAGAAAUUGACCUCAGUAAAAUUGGUUCCAAUAAUGUAAAUGGGUUGGAAAUUGAGAUCAUUGAUUCUACUGAACUUUACACUAUCAUGUUAAAGGAGAUUUUUGAUUUCGCGCUCAUUAAGCUGUUCGUUGAAAAAUCUCAACCAAAGGGUUUCAAGGUUCUCUUUGAUGCGCUCAAUGGUGUCACCGGACCUUACGGAGAAGACAUUUUCGUUAAGGAAUUGGGAUUAAGUUACGACUCCAUUCAAAAUUAUAAGCCUUUACCAGAUUUUGGUGGCUUACACCCAGAUCCAAACUUGACUUAUGCUCACACCUUAGUAGAGAGAGUUGAUAAGGAAAAUAUCAGUUUUGGUGCUGCUUCGGAUGGUGAUGGUGACAGAAAUAUGAUUUACGGGGCUGGAACUUUUGUCUCGCCUGGUGAUUCGGUCGCUAUCAUUGCCGAACAUGCUAAGAGCAUUCCAUAUUUUGCUAAAGGUGGAGUUAAUGGUUUAGCUAGAUCUAUGCCUACCAGUGGAGCCCUUGACCUAGUCGCUAAGGAACAAGGUCUCUCAAUUUAUGAAGUACCAACAGGUUGGAAGUUCUUUUGCUCACUUUUCGAUGCCAAAAAAUUAUCUAUUUGUGGUGAAGAAUCUUUUGGUACUGGAUCUGAUCACAUCAGAGAGAAAGAUGGUUUAUGGGCCAUUAUUGCAUGGUUAAAUGUCUUGGCAGCAUUUGACAAGGAGAACGAAUCCGAUGAAGUCACUUCCAUUAAGUUGGUUCAAGAUAACUUCUGGAAAAAGUAUGGUAGAACUUUCUUUACCAGAUAUGACUUUGAGAAUGUGUCAAGCGAAGGAGCCAAUGAAAUUGUGAAGCUUUUAGAAGACAAGAUUGUCAAGUCUGAUUUUGUGGGAUCACAAUUAGCACCUGGAUAUACUGUUGCCGAAGCUGAUAACUUCUCCUACACUGACUUGGAUGGUUCAGUCUCUGCAAAGCAAGGGUUGUUUGUCAAAUUUACCAACGGCUUAAGAUUCAUCGUUAGAUUAUCGGGUACUGGUUCAUCAGGUGCCACCGUAAGGUUAUACUUGGAGAAGCACUCUUCGGACCCAGAAACCUACCAACAGGGCGUGGAUAAAUAUCUUGAAGAUGAAAUCAAGUUUGUGUUAGACUUUUUAGGAUUCCAGGAGCAUUUGGGUAGAAUCGAACCGGAUGUGAGAACUUAG